UGCACUCUGGAUAUAGGAUGAAAACCAGGGAGGAGUCAAAGGGCAUAAGUUUUAUAGACCCGAGUCCACCUCGGGCUGCUCAGUGGCAUUUUCAGACCCACUGGAGACAGGCGGCACCCUGAGAAGGGCAGCAUGACCCUGGGGUGCUCUGUGCUUCACCCGUGGGGUUAAUCUCUUACCACCCAAAGAUGGCUCAGGGCUUAUCCUGAGAUGCUGCUCCAUCAGGACAUGGCACUGCCCUGCAUAUUCCCAGUUGGCAGUGAGUGUGAGGUUUGCUCAGUUCAUGAGUCUCCCACAUCCCAUGCCAGAUGGGAGAGCCAAUCUAAGCUGCCUGUGCUGAAGUCCAAACCAGAGGAAAAUCCAAAAAUCCCUACCCUACUUCCAAAAUAGUGUUGGGUUUUUAUUUUUUUAUUUUUUGUUUGUUUGUUUGUUUUGUUUUGUUUUGUUUUUGAGCAAACUGCCAAGCCAGUCCUGAGAACCAUGAUCAACCCAGGAGCAGGAGGGUCUCCCAGACAGAUCCCAAGUGAUGUCUAUUACCUGCUGCUGUUUGCAGGGAGCAGAAGGUAGGGAAAAACACUGCCAGAGCACGAUGCUCUGAGAAAUCUUCCUGCCUCUCAGUAAUGCUCUUUGCAACGCAGCAGCACUUAAUCAGCUUUUAUCUGCCUAAGACUUGAUCCCCAUUGGUCUGCAGCAGCCAGAACUAGCUAAUUUAAUUUCACUGUGAGCUAAAAGCACAGCCCCACUGUUCCUGCAAUGCUUGUGGUUCACCUAUCCAAAAGCAAAGACUGGACUGAGUCUGAAUCUCUCUGACUCAUGCCCAAGCAUGUGCAAAUGUGCACCUGAAGAGAUUAUCCACUGUAACAGAGCUGGACUGAGAUCCCUCCCUGGAGAAAUAGCAGCAUCCACUGUCUCUCUAAACCUUUCCAAUAACUAUUUGCGGAUUCUUACCACCAACACAUUCAGAAACCUGACUUUCCUCCACAGCCUCUGGCUGGAUGGAAACAAUCUGACUUUCCUGUCCCCGGGGACUUUCCAUGCUCUCAGCAAGCUGCAAGAGCUGCACCUCAGCAGGAACUCGCGCCUCACUUACCUGCAUGCAAACACCUUCAGAGGACUAUUAAACCUCAUCAGCCUGGACUUGUCUCAUUGCAAUAUCUUUGAAAUCCAUCCACUUCUAUUUUCACACCUGCCCUCUUUAGAAAGACUUGACUUAGCCUCCAAUAAUAUGCGCUAUGUCCCACAAGCCUUUAGGAAUCUCUCCAGCCUUAUGAGGCUGUCCCUGGAGGGCAAUCACAUAGAAGCCAUUGGCAGAGAUUCCCUGAAGGACCUGGAAACCCUGUAUGAUCUGAAUCUCAGGAAGAACCGGAUAUGGAUUAUUCAGAAUGGUGCUUUUACAAAGCUUCCCAGAUUGGGAGUGUUAAAUUUAGGACACAAUUUCAUUGGUGAUUUGCCUAAUCAGCUUUUCAACGGGUUGAUCCAGCUCAAGACUAUGCACCUUGAAGCCAACAGAAUCACUGCUAUUGACUGCACCUUCAGACAUCUGCUUAACUUGAGAAACUUGUACCUGAACAACAACCAAAUAUCCUCUAUUUCGGACUCCGCUUUCUCCUACUUAAGCAAACUGCAUUUCCUCCACCUGAGUAAGAACAACCUCAGCUCCCUUCCGAUCCACUUGUUCACAGAACUGCCGAAACUGAAGUAUGUGUUUUUAUCUCACAACCCCUGGAAGUGCGACUGCAAGAUGUUUUGGUUUUUGCAGUGGACAGCAACGUACAGGGGAGCACUCGAAGGGCUGCACUGUGCCUUCCCGGGCCAUCACAACAUGACAGUGCUCAAUGUCCCUCAUCCAGGGGACCAGACAGAGUGCAUGGCACCACCUGAGCUGGUGAGCGGGGACAAGUGUGGGGCAGCUGGUACCAGCAUGGCUGCUGGGCCUCCUGCUCCCCCUAACAAGGUCUUCCUGCUGGUAGUCAUCUGCCACAUGUGGUAUUUUGCAAGGCGAUAGGACACCCUGUUGGCCACGUUUUGUCAGUGUUUAAAUUAGAAAGUGGAGGCAUAUUUUCUCACAACUUGCUUAUGAACAGUGGGUUUCGUUACAGGAGGUUUUUUUUGUAUGAAAAUAGGCUUUUUUCUUAACAUAAAGGAAUUAAUUCUGAAAUGCUAAUAUCAACGUUCAGUGGCACCACUGAUGUGCUUAGAAAGAGCUCAUGUUAGCAAGCACAGGGCUGGGACCUGUGCUGGAGAUGUGGGGUUGGUGAGCACAGCCCUGAGGCAGCCUCUGCUCCCUUGCUGACUGACCACAAGCACACGUGCUCUUCUGUCUUCCCAUGUCCAGUUCAAGCAGGGGAGAUUGUGAGUACUGCUAAAAUACAAAUAAAUUGCAAGUUUUCCAGCACAUCUGGAAUCCCUGUAAGAGACUCAGUCCAUUGGUGUCUCUGUGAACAUGUGGUAGCUUCCCACAGGUGGUAUAUGAGGUGCUUGCUGUUAAGAGACAAAGACAGUCUUUAAUAUACUAUACACAAUAAAACAGUGUUGGAGUAGUGGGAACAAAUGUCACAAAAUAAAACUUUUUAUCUCUCAGCUGCGCCUCAGAGUAUCAAGCCUCAGCUAACAAAAUUAUGCAUUAGCCCGUGCAAAGAACUUGCGUGUCUCAUGGAUGGUCUGUAUGAAUUGUCUCCUGUUUUUGUUAAUGAUCUCUAACAUGGAGCUGGCCAAAGGGCGCCCCACCUUUCCUCGCCGGUCCUCUCCUGCACUGGGGCUGACUGCCACCCAACGGCCAAAAAACACUCCGAUGUGGUGACAGCUUCUACCGUGUAACCUGAACGAGAGCAGGUUUGUGUCAGAGAAAGAUCCGUCUCCAAAUCACAUGUUCCUCACUUAGAGCCUUGCAGGCCCCAGCUUGUAUGGUAGCUUUGUUUGCAAAGCUAAGGAAGCGGUCAAACAUAGAAUGUGCUUGGACUAAAUGAUUGCAAUUAAACUGGGUUGCAGGCCAAGAUAAGAUCCAUUCCCACUACAAAUCAUACUGACCACCUCAGAGCCCUCAUGUGAAAAGAAACAAAUACAUGCAUGAGAGAGAAUCAGAUGAAAAGAACAUUGUUGCAAGGUGUUGGUCUGUUAUGAAUGCAUUUCUGUGAGCUCUUUGUACAUUAAACUUCCUUUUGGGUCUUUUCCCAAAGGAAUGUAUGCUAGUGAAAUGACAGGUCAGCAUCUCCUGCCCCAUCCAACGCAGUUUCACCUACCACCCUCUUUUUAGUAAGAUGCUGUUUAGUCUUCAUAAAGUGCAGCAGUCCAACCACACCGUUCUGUUUUGUAGAGGUAUUUUGAUCUUUUGCCAUGUUCCUUUUCCACAGUAGGGGAAAGGGUCUUUAAUGCACAAGUUGACCUUUGAAUGUCAAGUCCACUAGACUAACGGCUAAAAAAUUGCAAUUACUGUUUGGUAGGUAUAAUAGCUAGCAUGCAUAAUGAAGGACCUAGCAGCUAACACUUAAAUUCCUCUUCCUUUUUGCUUUUUAGGAAUAAUCAGGUGACACUAUGCUUGAUGUUUGAAUAG